CCUCACCCCUCUCUUGCCCUUAUAAAUCUUCUUUGUGUACACACACACACACACAGCUUUUGAGAAUCCCACAUUCUUCAAAGAAACACAUCUCAGAACUACUUAUCUCUCUUUCUCUCUCUGUGAGGAGGAGGAGGAGGAAGAAGAAGGCAUGGCUGCGAUGAGAAAGGACACUAUGAUAGGGUUAAUAAUAGCGAUAAUGGUGGCGGCGGCAUGUGAGAUGGAGAUAUGCAUGUCAGAUUCUUCAAACAACACAAUAAUAAUCAACAGAGGAAGCUUUCCGAAGGGUUUUGUUUUUGGCACUGCCUCUUCUGCUUUCCAGUAUGAAGGAGCUGUGAAAGAAGAUGGCAGGGGCCCAUCAGUUUGGGAUACCUUUUCACAUACUUUUGGCAAGGUCGCAGAUUUCAGCAAUGCUGAUGUUGCUACAGAUCAAUAUCACCGCUAUGAAGAAGAUAUACAGCUCAUGAAGGAUUUGGGAAUGGACGCCUAUAGGUUUUCCAUUUCUUGGACUCGAAUUUUUCCUAAUGGAACUGGGCAAAUCAAUCAGGCAGGAGUUGAUCAUUACAAUAAGCUCAUCAAUGCUUUACUGGCCAAAGGAAUUGAACCAUACGUGACCAUCUAUCACUGGGAUCUUCCACAAGCCUUAGAAGACAAGUACAAUGGAUGGCUUAGCCCUGAAAUCAUAAAGGACUUUGCAACUUAUGCGGAGACAUGUUUUGAGAAAUUUGGGGACAGGGUGAAGCACUGGAUCACAUUCAAUGAGCCCCAUACAUUUACUACGCAAGGAUAUGAUGUUGGUCUCCAAGCUCCAGGACGCUGCUCUAUUCUCCUUCACCUAUUUUGUAGGGCUGGCAACUCUGCAACUGAACCUUACAUUGUUGCUCACAACGUCCUCCGUGCUCACGCAACAGUAGCAGAUAUUUAUAGGAAAAAAUACAAGAGUGUACAAGGUGGAUCGCUUGGGAUAGCAUUUGAUGUCAUUUGGUAUGUGCCAGCAACAAACUCCAAAGAAGACAUUGAAGCGACUCAACGAGCUCAGGAUUUUCAACUUGGCUGGUUCCUUGAUCCUCUGAUGUUCGGGGAUUAUCCAAGCUCAAUGAGAAGUAGAGUAGGGAGCAGGCUGCCAAAGUUUACUCAAUCUGAGGCUGCCCUUCUCAAGGGCUCAUUAGAUUUUGUGGGAAUCAAUCAUUACACCACGUUUUAUGCAAGAAACAAUGCUACUAAUUUAAUUGGAGACCUACUCCACGACUCCAUUGCUGAUUCUGGAUCCAUCACCUUACCAUUCAAUGGAACCAAGACUAUUGGAGAAAGGGCGAAUUCUAUAUGGCUAUAUAUAGUGCCACAAGGAAUGAGAAGCUUAAUGAAUUACAUCAAACAAAAGUAUGGAAACCCUCCUGUGUUCAUCACUGAAAACGGGAUGGAUGAUCCAAAUAGACCAUUCACCUCUAUUAAGGAUGCACUGAAGGAUGAGAAAAGGAUUAGAUACCACAGUGGCUAUUUGUCUAGCUUACAAGCAUCUAUCGCUGAAGAUGGGUGCAAUGUGAAAGGGUACUUUGUAUGGUCACUACUGGAUAAUUGGGAAUGGGCAGCUGGAUACACUUCCAGAUUUGGUCUGUAUUUUGUUGAUUAUAAAGACAAGCAGAAGAGAUACCCCAAACAAUCUGUAGAAUGGUUCAAGAACUUCUUGAAAUCAGCCCACUAACGUUACGUACAGCUAAUAUAUGAGCCAGUGAGUAUGGAUUGUAAGUGCUGUUGAGGAGGAACAGGAGAGAUUUAUACAUAUACAGUGAAGAUUUAUUGUUGAUUAUUGCAGAGGAAAAAAUUUAAGUUUAUUUUCAAUUAGACGGGAUGAUGAUGUUUAGACAGAAUGUAAAAUUGUGUCAUUGUUUAAAACUAGGCGCUGCUUUUGCAGUUAUUGGUAUCCAUAAAUAAUAUAUUGUGGUGAUGUUCUUUCAAUCAUCAUUUUUUUUAGCAGAAGA